AGAAAAAGAAAUGCAUCAUCCAUCCUAUAGACAUAAAGGAGAGAGGGUCGUAAGGGUGUCUCGGGGGGUUGUCAACUCCAUGAGACAAGCACAUGCUUCCCAGUUGGGGUGUCCUCAGUGUAAAAAUCUUCCGUUAGCAAUGUGCUCAGCUGCGGCGUUUGGCCUGCUCCCGGGCUGAAGCUUCGUGGGCUUCUGGGAUUCACGGCGUAUCCAGAGGCCUCGUCUUAAUCUUUGGAAGAUGCUGUUCCCUGGUGCUGAUGUUUCCAUUUCUCUUCCCUCCUUCCCUCUCUCCUCCCUUCCCUUCGCCCCAUCACUGCCCUCCUCCUCCUUUUCCCAGAAGCCAGAGCUGCUGUCGGCGGAUUGUACCCACGGGGAGAUGGUUCCUCAUGAAGAGCCUGGGUCCCCGACAGAGAUCAAAUGUGACUUUUCGUUUAUCAGACUAAAAGCAGAGUCAGCCCGACAGUGAGCCGGUCACCGUGGAGGGGGGACGGCGAAAAAUGAAAUCCAGCCAGGAGCGGAGCAACGAAUGCCUGCCUCCCAAGAAGCGCGAGAUCCCUGCCACCAGCCGGCCCUCCGAGGAGAAGGCCACAGCCCUGCCCAGCGACAACCACCGGGCCGAGGGCGUGGCAUGGCUCGCAGGCAAUCCCGGCAAUCCCGGUGGCCGUGGCCAUGGGGGCGGGAGGCACGGGCCGGCGGGGCCUUCAGGGGAGCUUGGUUUACAACAGGGAAUAGGUUUACACAAAGCGUUGUCCACGGGCCUGGACUACUCCCCGCCCAGCGCUCCCAGGUCUGUCCCCGCGGCCACCACGCUGCCCACGGCAUACCCUCCCCCGCCGUCAGGGACGCCGGUGUCCCCCGUGCAGUACACACACCUGCCCCACACCUUCCAGUUCAUCGGGUCCCCCCAGUACAGCGGGCCCUACGCCGGCUUCCUCCCCUCCCAGCUCAUCUCCCCGACUGCCAACCCUGUCACCAGUGCAGUGGCCUCGGCCGCGGGGGCCACCACGCCGUCCCAGCGCUCCCAGCUGGAGGCCUAUUCCACUCUGCUGGCCGGCAUGGGCAGCCUGAGCCAGGCUCCGGGCCACAAGGGUGAGCAGCCACCGCCCCACCUUGGCAGGGCGCCAGGCCUCAUCGCGCCAGGGUCCCCCCCACCCACGCCCCAGAGCCACUACGUGCACAUCUCCGGCUCGCCCCAGAGCAGCGGGCACGCGGCCUCCCCGCCGGCCGUCCACCUCCACCCCCAUCAGACGAUGAUCCCGCACACGCUCACCCUGGGGCCCUCCUCCCAGGUCGUCGUGCAGUACUCCGACUCCGGCGGCCACUUCCUCCCCCGGGAGGCCACCAAGAAAGCCGAGGGCGGCAGGCUGCAGCAGGCCGUGCAGGCCAAGGAGGUCCUGAACGGGGAGAUGGAGAAGAGCCGGCGCUACGGGGCUCCCUCCUCGGCGGACCUGGGCCUGAGCAAGGCCGGCAGCAAGGCGCCGCACCCCUACGAGUCCAGGCACGUGGUGGUCCACCCCAUGGACUACAGCGGCCGCGACCCGCCGGGGGUCCGGGCCUCCGUGAUGGUCCUGCCCAACAGCAGCACGCCCGCAGCCGACCUGGACGUGCAGCAGGCCACGCACCGGGACGCCUCCCCCUCCGCCCUCAACGACAAGAGCGGCCUGCCCCUCGGGAAGCCCGGCCACCGGUCCUACGCGCUGUCACCCCACACGGUCAUUCAGACCACCCACAGUGCUUCGGAGCCGCUCCCGGUGGGACUGCCCGCCACGGCCUUCUACACGGGGACGCAGCCCUCUGUCAUCGAAUACCUGAGCGGCCAGCAGCAGGCCAUCACCUACGCGGGAGGCCUGCCCCCGCACCUGGUGAUCCCCGGCACCCAGCCCCUGCUCAUCCCGGUGGGCGGCGCUGACAUGGACGCGGCAGGGGCAGCCUCGGCCUUGGUCACGUCGUCCCCCCAGUUCGCUGCAGUGCCUCACACGUUCGUCACCACCGCCCUUCCCAAGAGCGAGAACUUCAACCCCGAGGCCCUGGUCUCCCCGGCUGCCUACCCGGCCAUGGUGCAGGCUCAGAUCCACCUGCCCGUGGCGCAGUCCGUGGCGGCCCCUGCGGCGGCGCCCCCCACGCUGCCUCCCUACUUCAUGAAAGGCUCCAUCAUCCAGCUGGCCAACGGGGAGCUGAAGAAGGUGGAGGACCUGAAAACGGAGGACUUCAUCCAGAGCGCGGAGAUCAGCAACGACCUGAAGAUCGACUCGAGCACGGUGGAGAGGAUCGAGGAGGGCCCCAGCCCGGGCGUCGCGGUGAUUCAGUUCGCCGUCGGGGAGCACCGAGCACAGGUCAGCGUGGAGGUUUUGGUGGAAUACCCUUUCUUCGUGUUCGGGCAGGGCUGGUCGUCCUGCUGUCCCGACAGGACCAGCCAGCUCUUCGAUUUGCCGUGUUCCAAACUCUCCGUGGGCGACGUCUGCAUCUCGCUGACCCUCAAGAACCUGAAGAACGGCUCUGUUAAAAAGGGCCAGCCGGGGGACCCCGCCAGCGUCCUGCUAAAGCACGCCAAGACCGACGGCCUGACAGGCAGCAGACACCGGUACGCCGAGCAGGAGAAUGGGGUUCAUCAGGGAGGCGCCCAGAUGCUCUCUGAGAACGGCGAACUGAAGUUUCCAGAAAAGAUCGGAUUGCCUACAGCGCCCUUCCUCACCAAAAUAGAACCCAGCAAGCCCACGGCCACGAGGAAGAGGAGGUGGUCGGCACCGGAGACCCGCAAACUGGAGAAGUCGGAAGACGAGCCCCCUUUGACUCUUCCUAAGCCUUCUCUAAUUCCUCAGGAGGUUAAGAUCUGCAUUGAAGGCCGGUCUAACGUGGGCAAGUAGAGGCCACGGGGCGAGGGGCCGCGGCCUCCUUUCUCAUUCGUAUCCAGAUUACUGUACUGUAGGCUGAAUAACACAGUAUUUACAUGUUACCCUCUUCUUUUAGGUUUCUGUUCUAACCUUGUCAUUAGAGUUACAGCAGGUGUGUCACAGGAGACGGGUGCAUAUGCUUUUCCCACGCGUGUGUGUCGGGGCAGGCGGGUGGAGGCCACGGCAGGGCAGCCCAGACCCCGGGUGUCCUGGUGGGCGUGCAUGGGACUGGCCAUGCCUGCCUCUGCUAGCACAGAGCCGCCCGUGGGCACUGAUCCCGCUGGUUUCAAGGGACGGUCCCGUGGGAAGGGACCUGCAGGGUGCAUGCAUGCGGAGGUGCAGGGGCGCCGCCGCAGCGAGUGAGGGUCUCUUUUUCUCUGCCUCCCUCUGUCUCCCUCUCUUGCUCCCAGCAUGGGAAUGGGGGUCCAGAGUAGUGUCCUCUUGGGGUUCUCUCGUGCAGAAUCAGGAACCCAGCUGCAGGGCAUCUUAGAGAGGCAUCAGGCGGCAGAUGGGACGCUAAGCAUUUAAAAGAACGUUUUUCUCUCCAACACAUUUUACAAUAAAAGCAACUUUUAAUCAUAGAGAUAUAUAUAUUUCCCCCUAUGGGGCCUGACUGCACUGAUAUAUAUAUUUUUUAAAAGAGCAACUGCCACACGUGGGAUUUCAUUUCUGCUUGACCGAGUGCAGUGGUGUCACAGGGUGUCGCGGUGGGCAGGGGAGCCCCUGCUUCCGUCGCCCCGUGGGGGGUGGGGGGAGUGAACACUCACGCUGGUUUCUGUGCAGUGUUAGAAAAACCCAUCAGGUGAUUACGUUGACUUCGCUCCCAAGAGGUAGAUGCAAACUGCC